UUCCCCGGGUGAAAAAUGCUGCAAAUCGUUGUAACUUUGUCUUUAAUUCUGGCCACUGUCAGUGCCACCAAUGUCCAGCAGUGCAAAAACAAGCCGUUCCCACUGGAUGUGAGUAUCAAGGAUUGCGAUGAGCCACCGUGCGUUGUGUAUAAGGGAACCAUUGCCGUAAUGGAGGUGCACUUCCUGGGCAAUAACAACAAUAUCAAGAGCAUCACGGCCACCACAACGGCCAAGGUGUUGGGCAUGAAUCUGCCAUAUGUGCUGCCCGAGGAAGUUUCCGAUGUGUGCCGAAACCUUCUGUACGGCGCCAUCUGUCCCAUCGAUAAGGACGAGGAUGUCACGUACCAGUUCAACUUCUACGUGGAGCCUUCGUUCCCGGAAAUCACGGCGGAUGUCACUGUCACACUUAACGAUGCCCAAAACGAACCGAUCACCUGUUUUGUGGUGAGCUGUAAAAUCCGGAAGGGAGCCACUGGGGCAUCCCAAUCCCUGCGGGAGGGAUUCCUACUGGACUGGACGAACCCCGGUUCCCUCUAAUGCGACGAUGUUCUCAACUCCACCGAUUUGGCCCGACUGAAUAUUGCCACUUAUUUGUCAAACAAUAAACUCAAAAGUCUUGCAACGAUAA